GUCAAAAUGACUACCGAAUUCUAAUGCUUGAACGGCACGGUAAAAGCAGGUUCAUGCCGAACACGUACGUCUUCCCUGGAGGUGUAAUCGACAAAGCCGACUUUUCCAGUGAUUGGCUCGACCUGUUUUCACGGCAUGGUUGUAAACCAACUAUUUUCGACCCAAUUCUGAACAUUAAAGGACAGCGCCCUCAAUUGAUGACAGCCACUCGUUCGUCGCAAGUGUCAAACGAGCUGGCAUUUCGGAUUUGUACCAUACGGGAAACUUUCGAGGAAUCUGGAAUAUUACUGACGAAAGAUGCUGCAAACAUCAACACUGAAACGGCAACCCCUAGUCUUUCCUAUGAAUAUAAGCAUCCUUUCUCAGCCGAUGACCUGGAGAACUGGAGACUGCGUGUCCAUAAUAAUGCGCAUGAGUUUAUUCAGCUGUGUCGUCAUAUCAACCAUGUUCCCGACGUCUGGUCACUCUUGGAGUGGUCCAAUUGGUUGACGCCUGCUGAUUUAGGCCCAUUGCGUUACAAUACCAUGUUCUAUAUCUGCUGUGUGGAUUCAGUACCUGAUGCAUAUUAUGACGAAAGAGAAAUGUCAAACUUAAAAUGGUUGUCACCUAUGGAUGGUCUGUCAUUAUUUAAACAAGAAUCAAUUCUACUGGCACCACCACAAUCAUAUGAGCUUUCCAGGCUCUGUAAUUAUUCAAAUAUUAAAGAUCUCCAUGAAUUUACUGUGAAUAGAAGUGAUAAAGGCUGUGAAUUUCUAUUUCCUGUGAGAGUGAAUGCAGCAGAUGGUAUCAUAUCUUUGAUUCCAGGUGAUGACAUGUAUCCUAAACAGCCUGAUUUAGUAGGUGAGAGAGAAAUUAUAGAAAUAGAACAGUCUGUGGUAGAGAAUCGACAGUCUACUAAGAAUUUAAACCGUGUUGAACUGCUUGGUGUAUUCAAUCAUGAUUUUCAUUGUAACGUUUCACCUGCAUAUGGCCAUGUUAAACCAAUUUUAAUGUCAAAUAUAAUGAAGAAUCUGGAAAAAUGUAAACUUUGAAGACUCUGUCAAGCUAGAAUAAUGCUUCCUGAUCCUGUACAGUCAAUACUUGAGUCACUUGUAUGAAAAUAUUUGUA